GUUUUCUGAGCAGCAUGAGUUCAAAAAGCCAAAUGAUGACCGUGCCCUUCAUCUGAUGACCAAAUGUGCCCAGACAGUGAUGCAAGAGUUGGAGGAUAUUGCUAUUGCUUAUGGACAAAGUGAUGAAUAUAGUUUUGUUUUCAAAAAGAAGAGUAAAUGGUUUAAAAGAAGAGCAAGUAAGUUCAUGACUCAUGUGGUCUCCCAGUUUGCCUCAAGUUACGUUUUCUAUUGGAAGGAUUAUUUUAAGGACCAGCAACUUCUGUACCCACCAGGAUUUGAUGGACGAAUUGUGUUGUAUCCCAGCAACCAAAAUUUAAAGGACUACCUCAGCUGGAGACAAGCAGAUUGCCAUAUUAAUAACCUUUAUAAUACAGUGUUUUGGAUGCUUGUACAGCGAAGUGGUUUGACACCAGGGCAAGCGCAGGACAGGCUCCAGGGAACUUUGGCUGGAGAUAAGAAUGAAAUCUUAUUUUCUGAAUUCAACAUCAACUACAACAAUGAACCUCUGAUGUAUAGAAAAGGAACUGUCUUAAUAUGGCAGAAGAUUAAUGAAAUCAUGACUAAGACAAUAAAACUGCCAAAAGAAGCAGAAGAAAAGGAAGUUGAAGUGACUCGGACUAGGACUGAAGUUGUUCCCCUGCACUGUGACAUUAUUGGGGACCACUUCUGGGAGGAAUAUCCUGAAAUACUGGCUGAGGAUAGUUGAUAUCUCGGAUGAGUAUAACUGGUAGUUUAUGUUUUGCUCUGCUUGGGUUCUUGGCAAGUGAGGAGUAUGAAUGGUGGCUGGCAGAGUUUAACCUGUAA